AUGGCAUCCACAAGGCACCGCCGCCUUGUGAUAUGCUUUUGGGGAAUACUCCUCCACGCGUUGAGAGGCGUGACAUGUGAAGCGGAACUGUCUUUCACACUGGAGCCCAAUGACAUCAUUGCAGUGCAAGAACAGCCCCUGAUGCUGCACUGUCAGGUGGUGGGAAUCCCCCCCAUCACAACUCAGUGGAGGCACAACGGCCUGCUGCUUUCUCAGGACCAGCACCACACCACCUUCUUCAAUGGGUCUCUGCUCAUCACCCACUUCCUCAAGACCAAAUCUGACGGGACCUCUGACGAGGGCGACUACGAAUGCAUGGCCCAGAACUCCUUUGGGCUCGUAGUGAGCCGCAAGGCCCGAGUACAGGCAGCAACGAUGGCAGACUUCCAUGUGCAGCCGGAGUCCGUGCAGGCGGAAGAGGCAGGAGUGGCCCGGUUUCAGUGCCAGAUCCAUGGGCUGCCCGAGCCCGUCAUCAGCUGGGAGAAAGACAGGCAACCUGUGGACACUGGCGACAAGAGAUACACGCUGCUGCCCACCGGCGUUCUCCAGAUCACUGGGGUGAGAGAGGAAGACAGAGGGAGCUUCUGCUGCGUGGCCCACAACAGUGCUGGAGUCAAACACAGCACUGAAGCACUCCUCACUAUUUCAGCCUCGCAGUCCGCUGUUUACAAAGAGCCCAUGAUCCUGGUCGGUCCGGAGAACCUCACCCUUACCGUGCACCAGACGGCCAUCUUGGAGUGCAUCGCCACGGGAUACCCUCGGCCAAUCGUGUCCUGGAGCAGACUAGAUGGGCGUCCCAUCGGAGUGGAGGGGAUCCAGGUACUGGGCACGGGAAACCUGAUGAUCUCAGAUGUGGGGGUGCAGCACUCUGGGGUCUAUGUGUGUGCGGCCAACAAACCUGGCACCAGAGUGCGACGUACGGCUCAGGGACGACUUGUGGUUCAAGCUCCUGCAGAGUUCAUCCAGCCUCCCCAGUCCAUCGCUCGGCCGGUGGGCACCACGGCCAUCUUCACGUGCCAGGCCCAGGGCGAGCCGGAGCCACACCUGACCUGGCUCAAGAACGGACAGAUCCUGGAGCCGGGAGGCCACGUGAAACUCAGGAACAACAACAGCACGUUGAGCAUUUAUAGCAUCAGCCAGGAGGAUGAGGCCAUAUACCAGUGCAUCGCCGAGAACACAGCAGGCUCCACUCAGGCCAGUGCGCGCCUCACCGUGUUGUGGGCGGAUGGGCUGCCCGGCGUGCCCAGCGAGGUCCAGGCGGAGGCGCUGUCCCCCUCCUCCAUCCUGGUGUCGUGGAGGGAGCCGGAGCAAAACACUCAGGACAUCAUCGGAUACGUGCUUCACAUCCGCAGAAGCUCAGACCCAGUCGAGAUGGAGUACGAAGAGGCGGUCAGCAAGGUGACGCUUCAGCAGAUCAUCAGGGAUCUGGAGCCUUCCACCAGCUACACCUUCUACGUCAAGGCCUAUACCUCCCAUGGGGCCAGCAAGCAGUCAGCCAGUGUCACCCGGAGCACGCACGGGGAGGUGCCAGCCCCUCCAUCUCUCUACACCAAAGUCUUGAACAGCAGUGUGAUCCAAGCAUCCUGGGACCCCUCCGUCAAAGUGGGUCAACAACACGGCUACAAGCUCUUCUACCGACGCGCCCACUCUCCGGCCUUCACUGGACCCAUUAGCUUCCCGCGCAACGUCACCCAAUACAGCAUCACUCAGCUCGAUUCCUCCCUCGUCUACGAGAUAAAACUGCUUGCGUACAACCAACAUGGGGAUGGGAACGCCACUGUUCGAUUUGUUUCGCUCCGGGAAGCCUUGGAGAAAUCUGUGCUGGACAACCCAUGCGACUGCGUAAAAGACGAGCACAGCCGAACAUCCGCCACCGGGAUAAUAAUUGGCAUCCACAUCGGCGUCACCUGCAUCAUCUUCUGCGUGCUUUUCCUGGUGUUCAGCUACCGCGGCAGGUUAAUGAUGUGCAAGACGGCGCAGGCCACCCCCCAGGCCGGACACAGCGCGGCCAUCGAGUCCUCUUCCCAGGGGGCCGUGGGGCUGAACGGAGCUGCCAGAAGGGAGGUGGAGGUCAAUGGCAGCGUGGUGGGGAAGAAACCAGUUGACAGCAAUGAGUUAGAGAGACUUUUCAACCAAACAAACGGGCAGGACACACAUAUGUUGAACCGCACAGCCCCCUCUGGUCCUAACGACACUCAGCUCUCCACAAUCCUUUUGGACGAGUUCUGCGUGGAGCGAGAAGCAGAGACCCUGUUCCACCAGCCCCCUGCUGCCCCGGCGGAGCGGCAGGACCAGGGCUGA